UAUAUAAAGUCGCACAAUUUGAUUUCAUACAUCAAAUUAUUUAGAAGUUCCCUAGAAGAUGGAAAUUGGAAAAGUUUUCUUUGUAGCUCUUUCUUUUGCUCUGUUUGUAGGAGCAGUUAAGUGUAUUGAUUUCACCGAAAAUGACUUGGUCUCUGACCAGAGCCUGUGGGACUUGUACGAGAGAUGGAGGAGCCAGCACAAGAUCUCAAGGGAUCUUGGUGAAAAGAGGAAACGAUUCAAUGUAUUCAAGUACAACGUGCAAUUCAUUCACAAAGUGAACCAGAUGGAUAAACCUUACAAGCUGAAGCUCAACGAUUUUGCUGACUUGACUAACCAUGAGUUCAGGUCCGGUUUUGAUUCAAAGAUCCAGCACUACAGGAUGCUCCAGGGUGACAGGCGACGGACCCCAUUCAUGCAUGAGAAAACUACUAAUCCACCACCAUCCAUUGAUUGGAGGGACAAGGGAGCCGUGAACCCUAUAAAGAAUCAAGGCCGAUGUGGUAGCUGUUGGGCGUUUUCAACCAUAGUUGGGGUAGAGGGUAUUAACAAAAUCAAGACCAACGAACUAGUUUCUUUGUCUGAGCAAGAGCUUGUUGAUUGUGAAUCUGAUAACCAUGGAUGUGAUGGAGGGUUUAUGGAAAAUGCGUAUGAAUUUAUCAAGGAAACCGGUGGGGUUACAACUGAGCAAAUCUACCCUUACUUUGCACAUGAUGGCCGUUGUGAUACAUCGAAGAGAAAUUCGCCUACGGUAAAAAUUGAUGGUUAUGAAAACGUGCCUGACAACGACGAGAAUGCGCUGAAGAAAGCUGCUGCCAACCAGCCGAUCUCCAUUGCAAUAGAUGCCGGUGGUCUUUUAUUCCAGUUCUACUCCAGGGGUGUUUUUAAUGGACAUUGUGGUACUGAGCUGAAUCACGGUGUCGGAAUAGUAGGAUAUGGGACUACUCCAGAAGGGGUCGAUUACUGGAUUGUGAGGAACUCUUGGGGAACCAGCUGGGGUGAACAAGGUUACAUUAGGAUGCAGCGUGGGAUUAAUGCACCAGAGGGAUUGUGUGGGUUAGCCAUGGAUGCAUCAUACCCCGUCAAGCUGUCAGCUGACAACCCCACCAAUGUGGCUAAAGAAGAGCUCUAGAGCCAUGGAAAUCCCCUUUAUAUGUUCUUUUGUUUUGAGUUACUGGCUUAUAUCUAAUAAUUAUAAUUAUAAUAUAAUUAUUAAAUAAUAAAAAUAAUAAGCAUAGAUAAGAAGUUGAAGAUUUUGUUAUACAGACCUGUUGUAAUG